GUAUGCCAUCAUGUGUGGAAUUAUGGCCGAAUAUGACACCAUCCAAAACAAGAUAAAGAACGGAUACGUCUUUAAGGAUCAUCUGGAUAAAGCCAUUGAGCUGAAGCCGCAGGACCCGCUGUCCUACUACCUUCUGGGCCGCUGGUGCUACGCUGUGUCUCAGUUAUCGUGGAUUGAGAGGAAAGUUGCUUCAACUCUGUUUGGAGAACCACCAAGCGCCACAGUUGAAGACGCACUGAAGAAUUUCCUUAAGGUCGAGGAGCUCCAUCCAGCUUAUUCUAAACUCAACUAUGUGUUUCUGGCUAAGUGCUACAAAGACUUGGGUCAGUGCGAAAAGGCUAAGAAGAUGUGUCAAGCUGCUUGUUCAAUGAGUGCUGAAUCCAAAGAGAAUGAAGAGGCACAAAAGGAGCUGAGUUUACUGUGCCCAGCACUUGGAGUGUGACAGCAGAGGAAAGGUUUUUGGGAAUCAGUUUGCAUGUGAUAGACCAUCGUGUUAUUUCACUCUGUGAGUGUAGAUAGCGCCCGUGGGUGUAAAAGGCUACUGCAUCCAGAUCAUCUGUUGUACCUUUCCAGUCAUAUUUGUAUUAUGAAAUUUUUAAAAGUAGAAACCAAUCAUCAUAAAGGAUUCCAGCUAAAUGAGUGAGCUAAACCAGUGUUCUUCAGCUUAUAGCAGUGCGUAGCAGACAUUCUCUGAGGUCUGAUUGCUCUGAUAGGAAACUUAAUCCCAGUGUGUCUCAGGUUGAUAACACAGACCUGUCGCCUUUUGGGAAAGUGACAAACAGGGUUUGUUGUUCCGUCCUAUCACAUCAGACAAUGACGCACCCAAACAUUUUGCAUUGCUGUGACCACUGAACGGCCACCACCACCCUCCCGAUACAAACCAGCAAUAAUAGUCUCUUUUAACAUUCACAUGCAGACUUUAUGAGAUUAUUUUCUCACAGAUAAAUUCUCUGAUCAUGACUCAAACUCGUUUACCUCCUGCUCCUCAGUUUCUGUGACAGCAGUACCACCAAAUGAAGUGUAGUAUUGGACAGCAGUAAGUUCUGUGUGUACACCACACACCUGAAGUCCUGUAUUUAAUGUGCCCUUUUGCAUGUUUGCCAGAUCAUGGAAAAAAUGAAACCAUAAAUGAUGUCAGUGACUUCCUCUUAAUAGAUUCAAAGAGCACCUGUACAGGAACACAACAGGUUUUUUUUUUAACAGAAGCGCCUUUUACUCCAGAGUUCCUAUUCCUGGAAGGUUUCCUCCUCUCAUAGGUCACCAAGAACAUUUGAUUUUCCACGCUUUCAUUUUUUUUAACCUUUUAAAUUGAGCUCUGACACACUCACAUGUGAUUAGUUUGAAACAUGUUAGGAAUUUUUCUGAGUCAGCAUUUUUUUUGGAGAGCUAUGUAACAUGAAUCAGGAAACCGAAAAGGUGUUUGAUGUAUAUAGAGAGGUGUCAUUAUGCUGCAUAUAUAGUACACGUUAUUGUACUGGUUACUGUGAAAUGGAUAUGUUUCAGUUAAUAUGGAAAACCAAAUCUGACUUGGGAUUCGAGGAUUGAACAGAACUUAAAAAAAAACAAAUGAAUCUGGUGUUCAUGUAAAAAGAGUCACUGACAGGAAAUCUGAGGAUGUGUUUUGUUUUGUUUUUUUGCCAUCAAAAACACAAAAACAACAACAACAAAAACCACAGGGCUGAUGGCUGUCCAUUAAAACCGAGCAAUAAUGCCAGGUUCAGACUCGUUGUUUAUCAUGACACAGCACUGAAUUCCUGGUUGCAUAAUGCCACUAAAAUGUGACCCAAUCAGAUUGAAAUGAAGUUUGAAUGUUUCCUUUUAUUACUCUUUUACAUAUUCUCAGCUGUUAUUUUUUAUUAUUAUCUCUACUCAAUGAAGAAAAACGUGCAUAUUGAUUGAAAGCAUCGGUGCUGUUGAUACUGGAAAUUAGUUUAGGGCUUUUAUUUUUUAUUUCAUUGUAUUUUUUAAGUCUACUUACAAAAUGAAUUAUUUUGCUUUGUCGCUUUAUGUAUUUUUCUACCAACACUACAAAUGUUUUUCUUUUUUUCUAAUGCCAUAACGAGUUCCUCAAGGUUGUAUCGCAUCGGAUGGAGAUUAUGCAUUAUACUUGUGCUGUAUUUUAGACAGUGUGUGUUUGAUGAUUGAUGGUACUGGAAUCUACAAUUAAAUCUGUGCAAUCCUGAUCAAA